GUAAGGACAAGAUUGGAAUUGUGAAGUUGCUAGGGUUUAAUAAAGUUAUAAGCUGAUAAAACCCACCACAUUGUACCUGAUUGCAGAGCCGUCAAGAAAACCUAAAUCCUAGGUUCCUCCAUAACCGGCAACAAUGGGUAUCUCUCGUGAUUCUAUGCACAAGAGACGUGCCACUGGAGGCAAAAAGAAGGCUUGGAGGAAGAAGAGAAAGUACGAGCUUGGAAGACAGCCAGCAAACACAAAGCUUGUGCCUAAUGCUAAGACUGUUAGACGGAUAAGAGUCCGAGGAGGUAAUGUGAAGUGGCGUGCUUUGAGGUUGGAUACUGGGAAUUACUCUUGGGGUAGCGAGGCUGUUACAAGGAAGACUCGUUUGUUGGAUGUGGUGUAUAAUGCCUCUAACAAUGAGUUGGUUAGGACACAAACCCUGGUGAAGAGUGCAAUUGUUCAGGUUGAUGCAGCUCCAUUUAAACAGUGGUAUCUCCAACACUAUGGAGUUGAAGUUGGUCGCAAGAAGAAGACUGCUGCUUCCAAGAAAGAAGGAGAGGAGGCUGAGGCUGUUCCAGAGGAGAAGAAGAGUAACCAUGUCCAAAGAAAGCUGGAAAAGAGGCAACAGGAUCGCAAGAUUGACCCACAUAUUGAGGAGCAAUUUGCUAGUGGGCGUCUAUUGGCUGCAAUCUCAUCACGACCUGGCCAGUGUGGUCGCGCUGAUGGUUACAUCUUGGAGGGUAAGGAACUCGAGUUUUACAUGAAGAAACUCCAGAAGAAGAAAGGGAAGGGUGCCAGUGGUGCUACUGCUUAGAGUUGCAGCUUCAUUUUCUUAUAUUAUCAGAAGUUCAGAACAAAUUAGAUUGGUUGUUCUUCCCUUUUUUCUUUAGUGUCGGUACUACUCUUCAUUGGAAGGGAAUGAUAACUUUUUGUAUCAGAGUUAGAUUCAAGUUUGUUUUACAUAUGGUUAACUGAGAAUUUUGAGAACGGCCUGCUUUAUCAAAAAAGAAUUUUGAGAA